CUCGUGUCACCAAGUCACCAGUGUCAUAAGUCAUAAUAAAUAACGGUUAAUAAAAAUUUAUCAACUCAACAACAACCAUUUUUUGUAGAAAUUUAUUCAAUUUAUUAGCUAUGGAAGUUAAAGUUGAAAUUAAGAAAGAGUUGGAUGAAUUUGACCAAAAAUAUAUCGACACUAAGUUAUCCACAUCAAUAGAUCUGGAAGACUUAAAAAAUGAACCAAAGGAAGAACUUAUAGGUGGUCAUGAGGAGGUGAACAAAAUGAUGCAACACCAUGAAGAUAAUACAUUGGACAAGGACAAAAUUAAAACUGGAAAGGAACUUUACGAAUGUGAAAUUUGUUUUAAGCAAUUUUCUUUUAAAAGAAAUAUGAAAAGACAUUUGAUAACACACACUAGAGCAAAACCUUACAAGUGUGAAAUUUGUUCCAAGCAGUUUACUACAGCAGGUAUCUUGAAGAGUCAUACGAAAUUGCACACUGGAGAAAAUGACAAGUGUGACAUUUGUUUCAAGCCGUUUAGUAGUCAAAGUAAUUUGAAAAGACAUUUAAUGACACACACUGGCGAAAAACCUUACGAGUGUGAAAUUUGUUUAAAGCAAUUUUCUAGUCAAAGUCAUCUGAAAAUACAUUUGAUGACCCACACUGGAGAAACACCUUACAAAUGUGAAAUUUGUUUUAAGCAGUUUUCUCGUGGAAGUCAUUUGAAAAGACAUUUAAGGGUACACACUGGAGAAAAACCUUACAAGUGUGAAAUUUGUUUUAAAACAUUUACUAGUCAAAGUCAUUUGAAAACACAUUUGGUGACACACACUGGAGAAACACCUUACAAGUGUGAAAGUUGUUUUAAAAUAUUUACUUGUCAAAGUCAUUUGAAAAAACAUUUGGUGACACACACUGGAGAAACACCUUACAAGUGUGAUUUUUGUUUUAAGCAGUUUUCUUUUAAAGUUACUUUGAAAAACCAUUUGCAUAUUCACACUGGGGAAAAACCUUAUAAGUGUGACAUUUGUUUUAAGCGGUUUAGUUUAUCAACUUAUUUGGUCCAGCAUAUGAGAACACACACGGGAGAAAAACCUUACAAGUGUGAAAUUUGUUUUAAGCAGUUCAACCAAGCAAAUAAUUUGAAAAAACAUUUGAAAGUGCAUACUGCAGAGAAGCCUUUAAAAAUGUGAUAUGUUUUAAACAGUUUCUUUCAAAAAGUAAAUUUUUGGAACAUUUUUUUAAUAAUUAAAUUAUUAACUAAU